UGUGGUCAGGAAUUUAGGAUAAAGCAGAGGGAAACUCUAUUGGAUGAAUUUUACUUUUGAGCUUCAUGACCUCUCCGAGUGAAAAGGUACUUGCCUUAUUUUAACAUAUCCAUUUGUGUGAUGUGGGAGUUGAAUAGAAACUGUACUGAAUAGCUUUUUAAACAUUGUCCUUCUUAAGAUUGUUUCUCCCCUAGAAUGUGAGUGUGGGUAGCCAGUGAGUUAUAGCUGAGUUUCUCUAACUGAAUACUUUUUCUGUCCUUUUUGCUAGUCUAUGUGAAAUGUUUUUCAAUGCUAAAAGUAAGGUAAAAAUGUGUUACUACUUCUAGCGACCGUCUGUCUUAACUUUCUCUGAAGAAGUCCCUGGUCAGAUGAUUUAGCUUUGUGGGAAUGAAAACUUGCAGGUAAUGCAGGUUCAGCUAGUUCUGCUAGAAGGUACCUUAAAAGUUUUGCAAGCAGGAAAACUACAUCUUGGAAAUGAAUUUAAAUUGGGCCUCCCUUCAUUUAGAGGAAACAAUAAUAUCUGAAGCUCAGUGAAUCUGAAUUCAAAUAAUACGGAACUACAACUACAAAGUUAUUUGAGCAAAUGUUUGUGUAUUGCCUAGGUUAAUUGGACUUGCAGAUAUAGUAUUUGGCUUGCAGAGUUUUCAAGAUCCAGAAAUGUUCCUAGAAAACUUAAAAAAAGUGUUUCCAGGUGCCUGGGUAACUCAAGUUUACUGUUUUGGAAAGAAGCCUGGUGCAGCUACAUCUGCAUGUUUCUGACUUAGCAGAUGGCUUACACCAGUUUUACCUUUUGGGAAAUGAAUGUGUUUUCUUCAGAAUGAUGCCCUGACCUAUCAUCCAUUCAGUCUUGGAUUUUUAGGAAUCCAGCAUGUCUGAUGCUUCAGGCCAUUCUUGAGAAGCCAGGUGAAGGACCAUCUUAAGAGCAGCUUGGUUCCCAAAUGUCCUAUUUGGGCAACAGUUUCUGUGAAUAGUUUUAUAGUGUCAGUGCUGAAUUGCUUAUUGGGACACAUUUCUCCUGCAAAGCUGUUGUAAAACACAGGAUAUGUGGGUCUCACCCUUUCAAGUGUUUCAUCUGCCCAAACAAUCUUUGGUGUGGCUACAGCAAGCUCUCUGCAGUAAUUUUUGCCAGUUGUUUUAUUUUAAGUAAAUGUUGAAUCUAACAGUCAUAGGAAGGCUGUGAACAAACAAGAAGCUCCAGACUGGUCUGAAAGACUGCUUGUCAUCUGCAGUUCUUCAGCAAUCGGUACACCUUUCCUAUUUCCGGAGGGAAUGCACAUCUCGAGAGGCAAUUUCGUACUUACAGCUCCCAGUCUCUGGCAGUAAUAGCUCAAUAUCUGGGAAACCAACUUCUGCUUUGAGCAGAAGGCUACGCUAAUGACCUCCUGAAUUAUCCUGUGAUUCUGUGAAAUCCCUUAGGAGGAAAGGACUUAACUUAGCCUCUUGGAAACACAGAAGCAGCACUCAGAUUCUGGUGAAUGACUAAAGUGAAGUGUGAAGGGAGAAAACCUCCAACAGAGGUGCCUUAUUUGAAGGAAACCUAAAUUUAAAGGCCCUUUGGACUCAGAUUGUUAAUGUCAUUGGAGACCUUUGGAAUUAACUUUGGGAUUUAUGCUUCAGAUCGUAUUGCACCCUCUAGAAUCAACUUAGAAUUAGACCUAGGGGUAACUCUUGACUGGCUCUCCUGAGAGUCAGUAGCCCUGCUGUCUGUAGGUAUUUCUUUAUUCCUGCCUGGGAUUCCUUCAGCUCAUAGAAAUAUGUUCUCAGUCCAAGGAUUGAAAAUCUUGCAUGCACUUUUGACAGAGUCUCUCCCAGUUGAAAGUACUGAAUUGGUACAAUGCUAAAAGCCAUGUGUUGCCUACUAAAGCGGAGAUCACCCUCGUGACAGAGGGCCACUUGGUUUUUCAGUCUGCAGAGUGGGAUAUGCUGAGUUGUAGCUGAGGAGCAGGCACACAAUGAUAUAAGAGUGAAAUAGGACUUGGUAAGAAGAGCUCAUUAGGUUUUUCUGAUGGCACAGGAUGACUUGUGUAGUGGGAGGUGCCUCUCUGCAGUGCAAUGAUUUGUUGCCUCUCUGUAACUAGGCUACUGCAGCUUCAGCGAUGAGUUGCUCCACUGUUGCCUAAGGAUCACCAUGGUUGUUGGAUGACAGACAUUUUCAAGUUGGCAAAUCUCUUUGAAGGAGUAUUUGUUGUGCAUUAAGGACUUGAGAUUCUACUUAGAUCUUUUACUCAGCUGUCCUGCAAAUCUAAUUAGCCUCUCCCACCCUUUCCAGAAGUGGUCAGUGUGGAAAAGUUCAUAAAGUACUGUCUACCCUUCAUGUUGCAGCAAUUUGAGAUGCAGCAAAAUGUUCUUCUCUGAAAGCUGGAGCCAUAACAAUGGACCUUUGUUUGCUUGGCCCUUACAAGGAUUUUCUUGCUGCUUGCAAAAAGGCACCAUGCAGUAGCACAGGGGAUUAGGUCAUUUCCUUCCCUCCUCCUCUUCCUGCAGAUUAUUUGAUUAAAAUUUCUAUUGUAUACUCUAUUUAGUAUGUUCUUGGCUUCUGGCUGCUUCACCCCCCUCGCCCCCCAAUCUUCUUAAAACACUGUAGUAUGAUUUUUUUAACUAUAUAACAUGGGAACUCCUUGCACAGAGAUUACAUGUGACAUAACACAGUGAAAGAUUAAUGGGGCUGGCAAGUCAGUAAUCUUCCCUUCUUUAUUCUUCUGCUUUGUACCUGGGGUUAGAGUUCUGGGAACCCCCUGACAGUGUUCACACUUCCCAGUGCAUUAAAUAUUUGAGGGGGUUGUGUAUCAUUGGCUUUGAUUGGAGUUCAACCACUGACUUUGUGGAAAACAGAGUUGUAAGUGGUGUAUAAGUGCAUAUUCAGCCUCCAGUAUUGGUGUACAAGUAUACUUCCCCUUAGGACCAUUACAGAUAAUAUUCUUCCAUGGUUUUUACUCUCUUUUCUCACUGUUUCUUUCAGUCUCCUUUUCUCUGUAUUCUGUGUGUGGCAAUUUCAAGCAUUUAUCCUGUGUGGGUUUUUUUUACUCCAUUCCCUGCCUGUUUUGUUAAAUAAAAUUAUCAGAGACUUGUUUAAAAUGUCAGUCUUAAAAUCUAUCAGUAAUACACUGAUGAGGGGAAGUCUAGUUUGAGGAGUUUGCCGUUCAGGCUUCUUGGGUGUGUGCAUGCCAGGGCACAUAGUGUUACCCUUUGCCCAUAUCUGCAAGGCUGUCUUUUUUAACUGGUAGAGCUAGAAAUACAUUUCUCUUCAAAGCUCAUUUUGAAUGUCAUGUGAAAUCACGUAAUUAUAUCAAACUGUACAGCAUCUGCUCAUGAGUCAGAUAGAAGAACAUGACGAUACAGCCCUUUAUUCCUCUAACAACUUUAGGGAAAGAACCUCCCCUGCAGUUAAGCGUCACUUCAUGAAAUUAGCAGUGAUAUCUUGGGCUACAGAUUUUAUUGUUUUACUCUGGCAUGGUCGGCAGCAUCUCUGCUCCAGGAAAAAUCAGAUAGCUUGCCUAGCAACAGCACGCUUGAGGCAUUUGCUUCCAGUCCUCAAGGCAGUGCAUGCUUCUUGUGUGGAUGGGAAAUCAUUGAGCCCUCCUUUUAAUAAAAGUGAGAGACAGUUUUGACACAGGAAGAGAGAGGAGUAGAACCUGGUAGUUAGUGAAAGUGGGCAGGGAAACAAAGUGGUUCAAACUCUGUAGGGUAGAUGUUCAGAGGCAGACAGAGUAGUGUGCCUAGGGGCAAAAUAAAUGCCCCAAAAAAACUGCUUCAAGGUUGGGCACAAUUAGCUAUGAAAAGAGCACUAUGGUGUAUUUGCCUGAGAGCAGAAGUCUGCCCUCCAGAAUCCCCUGAGUCACUAAUACGAAGGCAGGUGGGAUGUAGAGAUAAGGAUUGUUAUCUGCAGGAGGCUGGCUUGAGCACUAGAAGGCAUAUUCAUCUGUAGUUGCUCGCUCUGUAACUUCUAUGUGCCUGCAGCAUAAAGUCAUCCACAAGAUUAUUAACCUGAUCUCUGAAAAGUGGCAUCUGUAAAAUGGGAAAAUAAAGGAGCUCUAGAAGCAAGUUAGUCUUCUUAAGUUCUGAUUUUCAGAAUGAACAGCUUUGAAACAGUACAACUUAAGUGUUACAGCUUUUCUGAGGAAACUAACACAACCUCAAAGUACUCAUGCCAAUAUAAUUUAUCACUACAGUUAAAUACCUGAAUACAGAACACCUUUUGUACUCUUUUUACCAUAUCUGUGUGUUAAGUGAUACUAAUACAGUCCUGAUAGUGGGUGCUUUUGGUUGGUUUUGGUUUUAAACAGAAGAAAAAUAACUUAGUCCUGAUUAAAAAAAAAAAUAUGAAAGCUGCCCACCUUGUAUAGGCUAGGACAGGGAUGUUCUAAUAAGGUGAUGGGGGAGGUGGAAUGAGGUGACACUUCCACCACAGCAAAUGUGUAAUUUUAAGGUUUUUCAAGUUUCCAGUGGAAAAGCUAGGUUCAUGUGCCAGUAGAGUCAGGGUGUUGAUACUUUGACACGGAGGAGGGCUCAACUCUAACCUCAAGAUGUGGCUUGAUGAGCCUCUGGAUUUACUGAUGAGAUUGGUUCAAAAGGUUCUUAUCCCCUCACUUGCCAUUGGUAUAGCAAGUUUACAGAAUAAACUCACAAACAAGCAAAAUAAUUUGGGUUAAAAUAUUUGGGGUUUGUGUGUUGUGGUUUAUAUUUUUCCCUAAGCCCCGUUCCAUUUCAGAUGGACUGUGCCAUUUCAGAUCAGUAUUCAGUAGCAUGUCAUUUUUCUUAGCCAGAAGAGUAGGAACAAGGAAGGACAUGCACAUCAGUAUUUCUCCAAGUACUUCUCAGUGUUCAGCAGUUGUGGCCCAGUCACACCUGUGUAGCAAAGUAGUAUCUUUGUGCUUAGUAAACUCAGGGGGCCGGCGGGGGGAAAUGUCUUUGAGCCUACGUAUGUUUUAUUAUCCAAAGUACCUUAUGGCAAGAGGUUCUGCAGUUGAGUUUUUCAGGUAGGUGACAAGAUCCUGUAACAGGACAGCAUUACAGUAUUACCUAAGGGUAGGCUGGCUGUGGAGUACAGGUCAAGGACAGAGAAAAGGGGCGUGCAUUCAGCAGUGAAGCUGACUUCUGUGGAGCUGCAAAUUACGCUGUGUCAUGGCAUUUUGAACGAAAAUGUCAUUUGACAGUGCUUUGCUUUAGAGUGCUGCUGUGUAAUGCAACUUCUCUUCCCCUCACACCUUUGGUUCUGCUGGUGCAACUGCACAGCUGUACCAUGAGCUGAACACAGAUCCAGCUGAAAAACGUUUGAGCAAGUAAACCAGCUUCUGAAAAUGUGGAUAGACGGGGGAAACCAGUCCACAAAGUUGUGCUUGUGAUAUUGAGGUGGCAAGCCAAGGAAGGAGCAGCAGAGAUAGGAGCAAUAGUCACCUGUAGAACUUAGAAAUGUCGGAUGCCAGCCUCAGGGUAACCAUACGUUUCAUCUUGUCCCACUACAACUGUGAUGUAAACCUUGAUGUAAAGGUUUAACUACUACAUCGUGCAAUGCUUGUAGCAGCCUCAGAGCAUUUGCAUGAUCAAUUUGAAGAGGUGGUAACUUGGAAGUCACCGUUUUAUGGCUCAGACAUUUAAAUGAUCCCACCCACUGGCUUGAAGCAGUGAUUUCAGUGUUAGUGGAAUAAGAAAUGAGCUCAGAACCUGGUCUGACACGUGCAGAUUUGCCUUCCUGAACGUGCCUCCUACAGGAAUGAGCUGUUACAGCAUCACUGGCCAUGGAAGUCCAGUGCACACAGGUGUUGUCUGCAGGUGUGUCAUGUGUCCAGUUCUAUAGCCCUAGUGAAAACAAGGAUGACAAUGCCUGAAGAGUUUCUGCUGGUUUAAUUCUCAUUGUAUUAAGAAGUCAUUUUUUGUGCGGGAGGCUAGGGAAGUAAGCUGGGCUAUUAAGUGAUGAUUAAAAAAGGAAAAAAAAAAAAGGUAUAGCAUGCAGGGGUACAGUUAUGUAAGAGAAGCAGAGAAGGAAAUAGAUGGGUGUUUCUCAGAGAACCUCAUCCACAGAGCUGCCAGGGAAUUGGGCUGCAGGAUCAUUCUCAACACACCCUCUGCUUCCUUUUUCCCUUUUUGGGGCCAGAGAGGGAUGAAUUUAUGGGGCGGUAAGCGGGAUGCAGGCUCUGGCUCCAGCCAAUGGUGUGAGGCGCGGUGGUGUUUAUCUCGCUUACGCAAGGCAGAGCCAGCCCCUCUUCAGUCAGAAGGCGCUACCCACGGCUUAAGUAAAAGCACACUGAGCAGAGGCACUCAGUCUGGCAGUUGCUGGGGGUUUAAAGGAGUUGGUGGAUUUCAGCUGGUUUUAAACAAGAUCAAAGUGUUGCACCUUUUUUUUUUCCUCUGCUGUGCAGAAAUAUUCAAAGGACAAAAGAUACUGGUCGCUCAGCUGAUGGAGCAAGUUCCGCCCGUAGCGUUUGUCCCCCAUGCUGCAGGGGCACUCAGCAGAGGAGCUUGGCCUCGUGUUUCGUCACUGGUACAUCCGAAAGCUGGCGUGGAGGACGUGGGUGGUAAGGGGCUGCAGACCGCGUGUACAUACAGCAGUUUAACUGGAAAUAAUGAAAAAGGUGUGCCACAACUCUUGAUCAGAGACCUGAAAUUUGAGAAGAAGUCAUUAGCUAAGCUCAUGUUUUCUCCUGAUCAAGAAAAUCAUCCAUCAAAAGCACCAGUAAAAUAUGGUGAAUUGAUUGUAUUAGGGUACAAUGGGUCUCUCCCAAAUGGAGAUAGAGGAAGAAGAAAAAGUCGGUUUGCUUUAUUUAAAAGGCCCAAGGCAAAUGGGGUGAAACCUAGCACUGUACAUAUUGCCUGUACCCCUCAGGCAGCAAAGGCAAUAAGUAAUAAGGACCAACACAGCAUAUCUUACACUUUGUCUCGGGCCCAAACAGUUGUAGUUGAAUAUACACAUGACAGCAACACAGAUAUGUUCCAGAUUGGUCGGUCAACAGAGAGUCCUAUAGACUUUGUCGUAACAGACACGGUUCCUGGGAGUCAGAGUAAUUCAGAUACGCAGUCUGUGCAGAGCACUAUAUCAAGGUUUGCCUGCAGAAUCAUAUGUGAACGUAAUCCUCCUUUUACAGCAAGGAUAUAUGCUGCAGGAUUUGACUCCUCAAAAAACAUCUUUCUUGGGGAGAAAGCUGCAAAGUGGAAGACAUCAGAUGGGCAAAUGGAUGGACUGACCACAAAUGGAGUUCUUGUUAUGCAUCCCCGUAAUGGAUUUACAGAAGACUCCAAGCCAGGGGUGUGGAGAGAGAUAUCUGUGUGUGGUAACGUGUUCAGCCUCCGUGAAACCAGAUCAGCUCAGCAGAGGGGAAAAAUGGUUGAGAACGAAACGAACCAGCUCCAGGACGGCUCUCUGAUAGAUCUGUGUGGAGCAACGCUGCUGUGGCGCACCGCAGAAGGGCUCUCACGCACUCCCACUGUCAAGCACCUGGAGGCACUAAGACAGGAGAUAAAUGCGGCAAGGCCCCAGUGUCCAGUGGGGUUUAACACCUUGGCAUUUCCCAGCAUGAAGAGAAAAGAUGUUGUAGAUGAAAAGCAGCCGUGGGUGUAUCUGAACUGUGGCCAUGUCCAUGGCUAUCACAACUGGGGAAACAAAGAGGAGAGAGAUGGCAAGGAUCGUGAGUGUCCCAUGUGCCGCUCUGUCGGCCCCUAUGUGCCGCUGUGGCUUGGAUGCGAAGCAGGAUUUUAUGUGGAUGCAGGACCUCCAACUCAUGCCUUCAGCCCGUGUGGACACGUGUGCUCUGAAAAGACAACUGCAUAUUGGUCCCAAAUUCCUCUUCCUCAUGGUACUCACACUUUUCACGCAGCCUGUCCGUUCUGUGCGCAUCAGCUGGCUGGUGAGCAAGGUUACAUCAGACUCAUUUUCCAAGGACCUCUUGACUAACACAUGUGCUACCAAGGACUGCAGUAAACUGAUAAGCUAAGCGAUUCUGAUUUUUAAAUUGACUGUUUUUUGUAUUCUCUGGGCUUUGCUGGUUUGCAUUAAGAUGAAGAAUUUUGUUGUUUUUUUUUUUUGUUUUUUGGGGUUUUUUUUUUGUUACAACAACUAAAUCCCUCUCUAUCAAGGAAAGUCUGGAAAUGAAAGAAACAGGGGGGGAAAGGGGGAAAACUCCUGCUUAUUUUAAGUAAUAACUAUUUCCGAAGAGGUGAAGGAAGUAUUGUAGAGUGAACUUCGAUGCCUUCAGUUAAAUGGUCUUGAAUCACAUGCCCACAGUGUUUGAAAGUUGUUUCAUUCUUUUUGUAUAUGGAGGGUAAAUAGUUCAAAGAACAUUAGUUUACAGCUUGGAUGCAAACAUUGUAAAAUAUAAUGUGUAUAUUAACUCUUUUCUAUUUAUCUUUAUUAUUGAAAAUAAGUAGAAUGUUUAGGGAGUAGCAUGGUCAUAGUGUGUUACAUCCAGCAAUUGGAUGUGUAGAGUAGCUCUGGACAGAGAAGAACGUGAGAUGGAAAUGGUAGAAAAAUCUUUUUUAAUCUAAAAUACUGAGUUCUUAGAAUAGUCACAACGCUUUUUAAACAAAGCUAAUGCAAAUUAUGGUGGCAUAAAGGUGUGCUUUAACCAUGUCGAAAGGUAGCUAAGAAGGACUUCUUAAAAUGUCUUUUUGGUAGGAGUGUAUUAUGGUCUAGUUAUGAGGAGAAUAUUUACCAGGCUCUUUGAAUAUGCAACUUAGUCUAGAUUAAGGAUUUUUUUUUCUCCCUUCAUGCUAACACAUCUCUUUAUUUAGCAUUAGUGAGAUUUGUGAGGGUUUUCCCAAUGUUAAACAUUAAGAAACCUGAAAGAAGAGGCUUGUUUUGUUCCUUGCUCCUUGGCGCAGGGGGGUGAGGGGAGAGGCGGGUGCACAUGUGGGAGCAGUUUGUGAAUCGGCCACCACCACAGCUUGUCACAGGCUUGUCACUUGGAUGGUCUCCUUUCAUCUGGCCAGUCACGCACUUGCCUUUGCCCUGCCUUGUGGUGCAAAUACUCAUCGAGGCUGCAUGUGGAACAAAGUUGAAGCCUGGUACCCCGGGAUGUGUUUGCAUCCCCUCUUGGGGAAGAGCCUGAGCUGGGGCUGGGCUGGUAGACCUGGGUGUGGGAUGUUGGCUAAGGUCCGCUCACCCUGCAGUGGGCUCUAGUUCGUCAUCUCUCUGCUCUUCCCUCUACUCUUCCUUUCCCUUCUGUAUCCACCAGAAAAGGCCGGUGCACUACACCCAGCUUUGCUGCUAACGCACUGUGCUUCAUGGCAAAUACACAACUUGACCUUUUUUAGGAUUGAGUUGAGCUUUUUUUGGCCAGCUUCAUUUCUAUCUUUUUUCUUUUCUUUUUUUUUUUUUUUCAAAAUACGUACUGUAUAAUUUACAGUAGCAAAUUUCUGUAGUUUAUAGCAUAGCUUUAUUUUGUCCUUUUGAAGAUGUUCUAACAUUUUCUUGGUUUAAAGAGAGACCUAUGUUACUUAGUUGUCAUGAAUUAUUUACUUUGACUGUCAAUUGUUUCUCCAUCUUUAAAAAGAAAUUAUAUAUAUUGUUUGGUUCACUCAGGAAAUGCAUGUGUCAGGAAACCUGUACUAUAAGUUCAGUUAGCUGUCAUGUACAAGUAACUGCUGUUACUCCCUUUCCAUAGAAAUAUAACUGAUUUUGACAUUUUCCAGAUUAUAUGCAUUAAGUAAUGCAGCGAGAAACCCCUGUAUUGUAGUUGUUCUAAUCAUUUUAUUCAAACUAUAUUAUACUGUAGUUUAAUUUUUAUUUGCAAAUUAAUUUAUUCAAACUACGUGAGUAAACACUUUGCAAAAAUAGAAA